AUGAAGGGAGCCAUUGCCAAGAUAUUUCCAAACACUCGUCAUCGUUUAUGCCUUUGGCAUAUCAAGAAGAAGUUUGUUGAGAAGUUGUCCCAUGUUUACUAUAAGAAAUCGAAAUUCAAGAAGGAGAUGAAGAGAUGUAUUCAGUUCACAUACAAGACUGAAGAUUUUGAAGAGAAGUGGAAAGCUCUGAUGAAAGAAAAUGGAUUAGAAGAAAAUGAUUGGCUAAAAAGUCUUUAUGAGAUACGAGCUUCUUGGGUGCCGGUUUAUAAUCGUGGAACAUUUUUUGCUGGAAUGAAUACUAUUGGACAGCACAAGUUUCGUAUUGUGAAUGAUGAUGAGUUCCUCUUGAAAGAUGCGGCAAAGUUGUAUACGAGAAAUGUUUUCAACAAAUUCAAGGGGGAAUGGACUCGAAUUAAUCACUACAAGGUUGAAGAAAGAGAUCGUGAUAACGAAUGGCCCUCGUAUCUGGUGAAAAAAAGACUUGGAGAACAUGAGCAAGAUUUUAUAGUGAGGUUAGAUUUGACAACCUACAAUGGUUCUUGUGAGUGCCAAAACUUUGAGUUUGUUGGAAUACUUUGUAGGCACUUGUUAAAAGUAUUUUCACGUCUUGAUAUUGAAACAAUACCUGCACAUUUCAUUCUUCCAAGAUGGAGACAAGAGGCAAACAAGUUUAGGAUAAUGGAUUUAGAAGACUUGGCCAGAAGUGUUGGUAAUGAAGAGUCAGAAGCAUUAAGACUUGACCACAUGUGUCACCAAGCAACUAAAUUGGCUUGUAUUGCUGCACAUUCUAAGGAGGGAUACACAUUGUUCAUGGAGGCUUUAAACGACAUAUCAAAAAAAUUGUCAAAAAUUCCUGACCAACCUGUUAUUAGCAAGGAAAUGAGUGCUCCUAUAAACCAAGAGGAUCAUCCUGUCAUGGAAACUUGUGUUUCUCCAAAUAGAGAUGAUCCAUGUACGAAUACUCUCUCCUCCCAGUCGUUGCUUUUGGACCCAAAUAUCUCCAAGACAAAAGGUAGGAAGAAAGAAACCAAGAGUUCUGGAAGAAUAAAGAGUGGUGUUGAGUUGGCCAUGGAGACAAGGAAAAGAAAAUGUACAUUAUGCUUGAAGUCAGGACACAACAAGAAAACUUGCUCUCUGAAUUCAGAAAGAAAGAUUCAAUGA